AUGUUCCUCUUUGCCCAAGAGACCAAGACCCCCGUGAGCACCUACACGGACUCCUACCGGCCGCCCAACUCCGUGAAGAAGACUUUCCAGGAGCCCCCGUCGCUGCUCUGGAAGGAGAACAAGUUUGUGACCAAGGGAUUAGCGAUGCCGCCGGUGCCGAGUGCCGGGAGCCCCGGGCAGCAGGAGAGGCUGCUGACGGCCGCGGCGCAGGAGCUGGCCUACAGGAACGCCGUGGAGCCCAGCGCCUACCAGCCCGAGAAGUACUGGGUGACCCGGCAGGAAGAGAGGUACAACCCGGUCUUUGUCAACGAGGACAGGUACGUGACGUGGCGAACGUCCCCUUACAACAGCGCGGCCUGGAAUAAAUACACCACCUACCUCCCGCGGCUGCCCAAGGAGGCGAAGAUGGAGGCGCUGCUGGAGAGCGCGGCCCGGCCCGAGCACCUCCACCGCUGCGAGAGGGAGGUGGCCGACAUGCUGGGCAGCCUCCGGCGGGCCCCGCCGCCCGCCGCGCCGCACGUGUACGCGGCGGCCGCGCGCAGGCCCUACCAGGGCUACUUCAGCCCCUGCUCCGGGCGCCACUACUGCCUGCGCGGCAUGGACUACUACGGCGACGUGGGGCGCCCCGACACCGGCCGGCACCUGCACCCGCUGGCCGAGAGGGCUGUAAGGUGGGACUCGAGUCACUUCAAGAAGGCCGGAGGAGUCCAGAGAGGCACCUUCACCAUCCACCCUGAAUUUGUGUCCGAGUCCUGCUCUGCUCCCUGGGGCUACUGA